CGUGGAGGAGGACCAAAUUCGAGGCCUUCUCUUGAGCGGGUCAAACAAUUUUACGGGGUCGCUCUCCGUUUCAACCGGUGGUUCUGGAUUUUCGACCUGAGCUAUGUUCACUGGUUGUUCUCCUUAGCCAUCUCAUAGUAUCGUGCAACAUUUCUUCAAGCACCUAUCAGCACAAUAAAAAAUGCUGCAUCUAUUGGUGAGGCCUCGCCUUGAAUGUCACCCUAAGUUUAUGGCUAGCUCAGUUCUAGCCUAUGGUCUGAAGACUCAAGCUCGGAUAGACUUUUGACCCAGGAUCGUCGUCCGUACCACUUUCUCGUCCCCGGAACUCCAACCCAAACAACCGAGGGUGGUGAUCCCCAGAAUCGCAAUGGUUGCCCGUUUGAGCGACUGCGAGGGCAUGUGAACUGGUGGCGAUGUCUCUUUUAAUGGGCGCGCGUAGCCGCUGGAUGUGAUCUCGUCAAUCAAGGAACACUACAGCCUGCGUCGUUACCAUGAAUUUCCAACAGUCGAUCUCUCUCGUCCAAUCCUGGUCUCUUUCGUUUUGGGCUCAGCUGCCUGAGCCUGUACGGACUGCCCUUGACCGUCAUCCAGUCGUCCCGCUAGCCCUGAACUCUUUGCUCGCUAUUGUUGUCCUGCGGUAUUUGAACCGCGCCCUCACAUCGUGGUCACUGGGGAACUGCUCCGCCAACAGAUGGAACCCAGAUCGUGAGCUGGUCCUCAUCACCGGUGGCAGCAGUGGCAUCGGCCAGCACGUCGUCCUCCAGUUAGCCGAGCGGAGUGUGAAGUGCAUCGUCCUCGACAUCCAGGCACCUACCUAUACUCUGCCCAAAUCUGCUCAUUUCUACAAGACGGACAUCACGUCCACCGACGCGCUCCAUGCCACCGCCGAGCAGGUGCGCGCCGACCACGGCCACCCGACGGUGCUCGUUAAUAACGCCGGCGUGGGCCACGACGGGACCAUCCUCGACGAGCCCGAGAGCAAGAUCCGCCAGACCUUCGAGGUCAACACGCUGGCGCACUUCCUGACGGUGCGCGAGUUCCUGCCGGCCAUGCUGGAGCGCAACCACGGGCAUGUGGUCACGGUGGCGAGCAUGGCCAGCUUCGUCGCGCUCGGCGAGAUGGUGGACUACUGCUGCUCCAAGGCCAGUGCGCUGGCGUUCCACGAAGGCCUGGGCCAGGAGAUUCGACACUGGUAUAAGCGGCCUGGUGUGAAGACGAGCGUCAUUCAUCCGUAUUGGGUCCGGACACCCAUGAUCCAGCAACUGACCGACGCUGGAGAUCUGUUCAAGCAGCCGGUCAUGACGGUGGAGCGUGUGGCUACGGCGAUUACGCGCCAGGUGGUGUCGGGCAAGAGUGGGCAGGUCAUUCUUCCUGAGGCCUACUCGGUUGCCAGUAUGGUGCGGGCAUUUCCGACAUGGUUGCAGGAGCACGUACGAGGGCUCUCUUCGAAAGACAUUCGACGGCUUCGGGAAGCGCAGAAGUGAGAACAAAUUGCUGGCCAAUUGCUACGGUUAGAGGGCCUGAAGGCGUCAGUUCAAUGUGUGGUCGAGAGGUGAGGUCGGUUUCGAAGAAGAUCUUUGUGUGACCCCGAUCCUUUGGCUAAAUCGAUCGAUUAUCUCCCGAUCAGAAGGAGAUAUGUUGCCCGGGACUACUUGGGAUAAUAUGCCUGCAAUGGUAAUAGUGAGUCUGUCGUAAGCUGUAAGGCAGGGUUUUCUCUUCUCCGCUGUCUCGACCAAGCCUCUAUUUCCUUUUCUUUUUUUUCAAACGCUUUUUCGCAAUUGUUAAUAGUAAUGAAGAUCAUAU